GCCGCCGCCGGACUACCCCUCCGAACUCGCAGGUAAAUCGGUGUCGCGUGACGGCGCCAAAAAGGAAGAAGGAAGCAAACUGCGACUGCGCAUCGAGGCUCGGCUACAGCAACAAAGACACGCACGUGGGCGAGCAGCGGAGAUGACUGGCGAACGUUGUUAUGCCCCCCCGAAGGCUUCCUGGACCCACAGCCGUGAAAGAGAAGGGCUGAUCCUCGUUCUCCCCCAGGUUCCUGUUGCCCUGCGCCCCAUCUUUCCCUCCCUCUCUCUCUCCUCCCAACAGCGCUGACACCCCCACCCGACCCCAUCACCACCUUUUUAAGUCCGUCCAGACCCGUUCCUCCCCAAAGCCACUUCACACCCAGUCUCUCUCCACCGUUUAGUCGAGCUAUCCUCCCCCCCGCUGGCUGCACGCCAGGCCCCAUGGCUGCAGGAGGUCAUGCCCCAGAGAUAGAUGUGUUGAUCAACCUGCGACAGGUGAAGGUGGAGGAGGAAGAUGAGGGUGGCUCGGCGGAGGAACCGGAAGGAGACGAGGAGGAGGGAAACUGGGAGAAAGCGUUGUCCGUCAAGCGCUUCGGCGACAUCAUCAGUGAUUCUGCUUCCGCCGGCGGAGACAAGAUGGGCCGGCACUACACCGAGAAAGACUUUGAAUAUCACAGACACACUUUUCACCACACGCACCACCCCUUAUCCACCCACCUGCCCCUGCCCCAGCGUCUACGAAAGAGGGUGCACGGCACGGACCGGCGGCGCAAGAAGAAGCGGAAGAAAAAAAAGACCUCGCUGCCCCCGUCCGACGUCACGCCCACCAUCCACGAGGUAGACGAAGAGGAGUCCGACGCCGACGGACGGGGAGUGGCCGCCAUGCCCACGGAGCUGCCCGAUACCCAACCACAGUUUAGUUUGGGGAGCCAAGAGGACUUGGUGGAACCCCUUCCGCUCACCGCCUUCCACACGGAAAACGAAGAGCGUCCGUUGGCGAGGAAAAAGUCGCCCGUUCCGAUAAAGGAGGAGGCGCACAACAGGGGAAUUGACGUUCUCGGACCCAACGAGGAGGUGGAUCGCAACAGCGUCCCUGCAGGAUCGGACCCCACGAGCUCGACCCCGAGCCGCGGCUGGUUCCGCAGGAAGCCCGUCCACCAUCGCCCGGCGGGCGUCCAGCGGAGCAACUACGACCUGCGGGAGCGGAUCUGCAUCGGCAGCAUGACCGCGCUGGAGACCGCCGUCUACCAGCAGGUGCCCACCGACGAGGCAGAGGCCCAGAUGUUGGCCAGCGCCGAUCUGGACGACAUGAAAAGUCACCGAUUUGAGGACAACCCUGGGGUGAGACGCCACCUGGUGAAGAAGUCAUCGCGGUGCCUGGUGACCCGAGCCAGCAACAGCUCCCUACCGCUGGCGAGCCUGAAGAAGAAGAAGAGAGCGGCCGAUAAGAAAACCCACGAGAUGUUUGUGGAGCUGAACGAGCUGAUUGUGGAGAAGGACCAUGAAAUGCGUUGGAAGGAACGUGCCCGCUGGAUCAAGUUUGAGGAGGAUGUGGAGGAGGAGACGGACCGCUGGGGCAAACCCCACGUGGCUUCACUCUCCUUCCGCAGCUUGCUGGAGCUUCGCCGCACCAUCACGCACGGCGCCAUCCUCCUGGACCUGGAGCAGAACACUCUGCCCGGCAUCGUUCAUCUUGUGGUGGAGACGAUGAUCAUCUCUGACCAGAUCAGAGCGGAGGACAGACCCAAUGUUCUCCGGGCUCUGCUUCUCAAACACAGCCACCCGAGUGACCUGAAACAUCGCUUUCACCGCCGUCAGUCGACGAGCAGCCUCCACGGCAGCUUCAAUCACAACAACGUGGACAGCAACCUGCCGCUGGUGGCCGAAGAGCCGGAGGAUAGCCACGACAACAAGGGGCCGGUGUACGACCCCAAACAGGACGUGUUCGUCAGCCUGUUUAAAUCUCUCCACCCACUGCCUCCCGAGAGCCAUCCAGCUGCAGCCAGAUCGAUGAAACUCCUCGCCAAGAUUCCCAAAGAUGCCGAAGCGGUCAUUGUUUUAGUUGGCUCUGUUGACUUCCUGCAGCAGCCGGCCAUGGCCUUCGUCAGGUUGAACGAGGCGGUCCUUCUGGAGUCCGUGCUGGAGGUCCCGGUCCCCGUUCGCUUUAUUUUUGUCCUGCUCGGUCCAAGUCAGUCCAACGUUGACUAUCACGAGAUCGGACGCUCCUUCUCCACGCUCAUGUCCGACAAGAAUUUCCACGAGGUGGCCUAUUUCGCCGACGACAGACAAGAUCUCCUGAACGGCAUCAAUGAAUUCUUGGACUGCAGCAUCGUCAUUCCGCCCUCGGAUGUGGAGGGCAAAGACCUCCUGAAGACGGUGGCCGACUUCCAGAAGCAGAUGCUGCGCAAGAGGAAGGAACGUGAGCUCAAGAGGCAUCACUCCACGUUCGGAUUAGAGCAGAACAACAAAGAGGUGAUUCCAGAGGAAGAGGAGGAGGGAGACCAGGAGGUGGACCCAUUGACGCGCUCCGGGAUCCCUUUCGGAGGCCUGAUCCACGACAUCCGCCGCCGCUACCCACAUUACGUCAGCGACCUCAAAGACGCCGUGGACAUGCAGUGCCUCGCCGCCGUCAUCUUCAUCUAUUUCGCUGCGCUGUCGCCCACUAUUACUUUCGGAGGCUUGCUGGGAGAAAAAACAGAGGGCAUGAUGGGGGUGACUGAGCUCAUUGUGUCAACGGCAACUCUCGGAGUUAUUUUCUCGCUACUCGCUGGUCAGCCUCUUCUCAUCAUCGGCUUCUCUGGACCCUUACUGGUGUUUGAAGAAGCCUACUACAAGUUCUGUCAGGCCCAAAACGUUGAGUACCUAACCGGUCGCGUUUGGAUUGGCUUCUGGCUCGUCUUCAUCGUCCUGCUGAUGGUGGCGGCAGAGGGCAGCUUCCUUGUUCGCUACAUCUCACCUUUUACCCAGGAGAUCUUUGCCUUCCUCAUCUCCCUCAUCUUCAUCUAUGAGACUUUCUCUAAGCUCUUCAAGGUGUUUAAGGAGAAUCCACUGAUGGCAAUUUACCCCAGUGACUUAAACCCGGCUACUGCGCAUCACAAGGUGGAUGACCAGAUCUACAAACAGCCCAACACUGCUCUCCUGUCUCUGGUCCUCAUGAUCGGCACUUUCUUCGUUGCUUUCUUCCUCAGGAAAUUCCGAAACAGUCGUUUCUUAGGCGGCAAGGCUAGAAGAAUCAUUGGUGACUUUGGCAUCCCCAUCUCAAUUUUAGUUUCAGUGUUGGUGGAUUUCUCCAUAACUGACACUUACACACAGAAACUCAAUGUCCCGUCGGGCUUCUCCGUCACCUCCCCCGACAAGAGAGGCUGGUUCAUCAGUCCAUUUGGCGAUAAGAAACCCUUCCCCACCUGGAUGAUGGGGGCAUCUAUUGUACCUGCCAUUCUGGUCUUCAUCCUCAUUUUCAUGGAAACACAGAUCACUUCGUUGAUAGUCAGUAAGAAAGAGCGUAACCUGGUCAAAGGCUCCGGCUUCCACCUGGACCUUCUGCUCAUCGUCAUUCUGGGUGCCUUCUGUCCUCUCUUUGGCCUGCCGUGGCUCACCGCGGCCACCGUGCGCUCCGUCACUCACGUCAACGCGCUCACCGUCAUGAGCAAAGCCACGGCGCCGGGCCAAAAGCCCGUGAUCCAGGAGGUGAAAGAACAGAGGCUGACCGGGCUUUGCGUGGCUGUUCUCGUUGGUAUGUCCAUAGUGAUGACGGACGUGCUGCGCCUCAUUCCUCUGGCGGUGCUCUUUGGCAUCUUCCUGUACAUGGGGGUCACCUCUCUGACCGGCAUCCAACUGUACGAACGCAUCACACUCAUGGUCACGCCCGUCAAGCACCACCCUGACCACAUAUACGUCACCAAGGUGAAGACAUGGCGCAUGAACAUGUUCACCAUCAUCCAGCUGGCGUGCAUUGUGGCUCUGUGGGUAGUGAAGUCCACCGAGGCCUCGCUGGCGUUCCCCUUCGUCCUCAUCAUGACGGUGCCGCUUCGCCGCCUCAUCCUCUCGAGGAUCUUCGAGGAACGGGAGCUCCAGGCGCUGGAUUGCGACGAGGAUUCUCCCAACUUCGAUGAAGAUGGACGAGACGAGUACAACGAGAUCCACAUGCUUGUAUAAAUAUAAAAAUUGGACCCCGCCAGUUUGAAUUUCUCCACCCUCCAGCUCUGACCAAUCGGAGCGAGCCUCUCCGGAAAACCUCAGUUGUCUCUGAGUAGUGACAAAGCGAAAGGAGCGACAGUACACGGUGCUUGUAAAAAAAAUAUACAAAAACUAGAGCUGGAAGUUCCCUUCAAACCUUUGUUUAUUCCAGUGUUGUGUUCAACUCCCUGAGUCGGAGCACCCUACCUGAAGUGGAUGGUGCAAAAUCUAGCAAAGGAAUCAGCCUACAUGAAUACUUUAUUGAACUUUUUUUAUCCUCUCCUAUCCCUUUAAUUACUCUGCAGGUUCUGGGGCUCGAGUGCAAUGAUCAUGGCGACCUACGGCCGGAUCAUCUAGACUUAUUUUCGUCCUGAAAGGGGGAUAGAUUUGCUUUCAUUUAAUUUUCUUCCAGGAACCAGAUUUUUUUUUAAUCAAAAUGCAUAAUGAUGAAUAACUUCAAACUCAAAGCCCUUGAAUUUCACCGCCUGCGUUAGCUUAGCUGCCUUUAUACUACUGCCCUCGCCGAUAGGUUGCAAUGAUGUGCAAACAAGGAGUUAAGUAGUCCUUUCCCUUUCUGUACAGACUUUUAGUAAUGAUCACUUUGACUGGGCAAAAGUUCACUUCGGUGGCUGCCAACUGAGCUCCUGGCUCAAAGCCUCCUCUCUAAAUGUAGACUCUCCCCUUGAAGCCAACCAGAGACUGUGCAAGCUUCUUCAAGGGGGGGGGGGGGGGGGUCAACGCCCAGCAUACCAGCCCACUGACCCCGUUGUUGUGAACUCGGAUGUAGAAGCAAAUAGUGGACACGGGUGGUGUCAACCUUAUUUUUCUACUCUGAUUUAUUUAUUUUGUGACCUUUCGGGAUUCAACGCCAUGCCAGAAGUUUGUACUCCCGAAAGUUCAAAUCGCUGGGAGAGUUAUUAUACAAUUUAAGAAAAUAACAUUGUGUAGGUGGACAGAUUCAGACGUUUAUUCUUUCAGCUUCAUCCGGCUAUAUUUCCAACGCGUCGUGGUGCAUUUUUGUCAGGGAUGUCGUGAAUAAUGUAGUAACGCACUUAUCAUAGGCACUGAGCGCACACACAAGCACUGGAAACACCGGGACACGGGUAACUGAUGCGUUAUACGGUAAGCUUGGAAUUACAAUGUACCAUCUGUUUUGAAAUACCACAAGAUUUAUUCUUCGCAUCCCGUAUUGCCGAGCCCGCUGUAGGAUUUGAAAUAACCGAAUAGUCCUGACACGUGAUCGGAGAAACACCAGUUGUCAGAGCUACUGUACAUAGAAAUGAAAUAAAUUUUCACAAGAGACUUACACAAGUAAAACACUUUUUAUUUUUUUGCGACAGUCGUAUUUUAUGAAGAAGAGGAAGACGUUGAUGGGAUUUGGGCUCAAAGGCCGGUGAGUUAAAGACUCCACUCUCACACACUUUCCACUCCAAAUACUUAGUUUCGGAGCAUUCUAUGGAUGUUGUUGGCGCUAGAUAGGAAGUAGAAAAAAGGUGUUGGCACUGUCACUAUAAGUUUAUAUUUUGUCUCUAAACAUGACUUUUUAAGUAAUUUGCACGGUCCUUCUAGCUUCUAUCUUUGCCCCUUUUCAUAUUUAUGUGUGUUGAAUUCUCCACUGUUAAAGACAUUUAAGGUGGAUUUAGGAAAAAGACACCGUGAGGUUUCCAUAAAUAACUAUUAAAAAUGGCAAAAAUAGAAAACAAAAUCAUGUUUUUACCUGAUAAUAAUGAUUGCUCCUGCACGUAUACACUCAACUCCAAAAUUAAAGCAAAAUUGCAUUCUGAGUGAAAAAACAAAUAUUCAGGGUCAGAAGUGAAGAGUAGUUUUUGUAUGCAAACCAUAUUAGUGUAUUUCAUUUCACAUAACCAUGUCCAAGCGAGAAUUCUGUCUCAGGGGAAACUGACCUUCGAUCUGUAAAUAUCACUCCCACGCCUUUUAGUUUGUUGUCUCUUGUGUGUACACAAAGCGGUCAAGGCAAUCAACACUCGCGAUGUAAAAACAUAGUUAUGAAAUGGAGAAAAUGAAUACAAGUGAAGAGAAUUGAUGUGGAAUUAUGCUGUGAAUGAAUCCCCCAAUGCUACACCUGCUGUGGUCUGUAUUUAAUGAUGCAGCGAACGGGUCACAGAAUGUGGUUUAGCGCUCUAUAGGAGCGUCAUUCAAAAAUAGGCUCAAUGGACCUUUUCAACCACGUGUUUAUGUGUCAGGGUUUAAAAAUACAAGGGCAAACAGAGUUAUCUUCGUUAUUCUCCAUUACACCUUGGCCCGUGAUAUUAUUGAAUGUAAAUGUUUUCCACGUCGGAACUGGCAAAGCUGAUUUCCCAUUUUUCUGCGGUCCAAAAGCUAUUGAGUGACCAAAAAAAGACGUUUGAGCACACAAGAGCUAUUUACGUUGUAGAUACAAGCGAUUUUAAAUACUGAGAUUUAGCUAACCAAAAUAAUUGUAAAAAAUGUGUAAUAUAAAUAAAUUACCCCCUCUAUUCAAAUAAUCUACAGUUCUAUUAUUAGCCUAUUUUUGUAACGUUUGUAUUCAUUUUGAACAAUUAUAUGGAAGAGUGACAUUAUCACCCCGUCUUUUGAUCAGUUUAUUAACAUAAAAUAGUCGCACACGUAGCAUUGCUCUACAGCGCUACUUGUGGUGAAAAACGGUUCUUUCUUAAAUCCACUUAAUUAAAAGGUUUAAAACCAGCGCACCAUAUAUUUAGUUUCCUGGUUGUGUGUUUUAUUACAAUCCCCCAAGGCGCCACGUUAAGACCGAUCCAAGGAUAUCGGAAAAGUAAAAAAAGAAAAUUAAUAAUGUGAUUUGCAAGGCGGUGGCGAUGUGACUCCUGAUUGAAAGAUGAACUGUAGCUACAAUUCCAAAUUCCAAGAACAAAAUUCAUGAACUCUGUUUUGCUGGAAGCGAGGCUUCCUCUUCACUCCAUCUUCGAAGUCACGCUCCGGGUUGUUUUUGGCUCUUCCCAUCCCUUUGAUGUUAACUCUAGCUGAAAGCUGAACGGGCCAAUGUAAUUGACCUGGAGUCUCAUCUGGUAGGAAGAUUUUAAUUGUGACCUUAAUAGCUGGACGCGUCUACGUCUCGUUGACGGCGGUUGGCCGACGUGUGCUGGCGAGCAGUUUGACGUUUUCAAGACCUCAGGCGGCUGAAUUAGCUCGAGAGAACAGGGUCUUACACAACAACUUUAUUUCGGGGCUGAUGAAUCGGUCCAUGGCGACUCUCAACUUUAUUGAAACGUUGAGUAAUGUUAUGCUCAAUUCCCCGCGACCCUAAUGAGGAUGAAGCGGUAUUGAUAAUGGAUGGAUGGAUGGAUUUUACAUUUUUGUUAUUGAUUGACUUCCAUGCUAAAGCAGCAAGCUAACAAUCUCAUAAGUGGACAAUGUUCUGAAAAAACAAGUAUUAGAUGGGACACUUUAGGAUUAAAAUCAUGAUUCAUGACCUUUGACCCCGGUAGCUGGCAUCCCAGUCUGGAGCCCAGUGGAACGGUAUUAUUUGGUGAGCUGGUGAAAAGAGCCAUACGGGUCAUUGUUCUCUUGUCUGAUGAUAAGCGUGGAAUCGUGGGUAUUAUUAAAGAUAAUAAAAGAAAAAACUUUUUUUUUGUGAACCUCAAAAAAUGUCUAUGUCAAUGUUCUGAGUUCACCAGAUUUAGUCACCUUAUACCACCACGGUAGCGGGGUAGACCACCCACCCCAAAAUCUAAGAACUGGCUGCGUUAUUAAUUUAUAACCUCUUUAUAAUUCAACAUCUUUUGGUUUGAGUGAAGACGUCUGGAGUGGUGCGUUAGCUUCAACCAUCAUUUCACUAUAAAUCCAUAUGUGAGCAAUUCGAUCCGCUAUUACGAGGAAGGUUCACAGUGACAGACGAGCAGAAUUAUAGUCGAUGGGUUAUUUUAGAAACUGCAGGAAUGCCGUUCAUUUUUCUUUAAUUGCACUGCAUACCAAAAAGGAUUAGUUCCUCACCAGGAAUAUUUUCCUAAAUCCGGUUUUCAUUGUUAUAUUUGUGUUGAUUUCAUGGGUUUUGAAUUAAAUACUAAUCCUUUGUGUGUGUGUACUCUUUUUUUUUUUCUUAAUGGAAAUUCUCUCGUUAAUAUAAGGAGGUUUUCAUUUCAUAAAGGUUUUAUUUCAAUGUUGUGACUUUCAGGAACACAUACACAUUUUUUUACAUCCAAUUAAAGCUACGAUUGCCAUAAAAGUUGCAUUAAGCAAUUGUUUAAAUGUCCUUAAAAGCACAGGAAGUAACUUUACAACAAGCUUAUAGUAACUUCCAGUGGAAACAGAGUAACGUGGCCAUCCCAUUGGAUUACUUUACGCCCAACUAUUAAACGCUUUCUGCUCUACUUCCUGUUUCUGCCAUGCUGUGCGGACAGACUACAACUAUGAUUUACAUUUUCAAAAUUGUCAAUAGAGGCGACAUUGAAAACAUUUUUUUUUUUAUUGUUUUGAUGGCACACGGCGCUACACAACAAUCCCUCGAUGUACACUCUUCUGAUGACAUACUUGUAAAAUGCAGAUUGUGUGCCUCUAACGCAGACACUUCUAGCUGUAAAGAGGUUUUCAGUCAACAGUUAACAUUGUUUUUUGUCUGGAAUAAAUAUUUAUUAUGUGUUUCAAAUACAAAAAUAACCUCUUUUUUUCAAUACAAUACAGAUUAUUCAAAUAUAAAGUUGUCAAACAUUAAGGUUUUAUUUUCCUCAACUCACUCGGUGUCAGAUGGGCGGAGUUCAUCAUAUAUGACAUAAUAAUGAGUUCCAGAAAGUUCAUUCACAGCUACAAGUAUUUAUACAGUCAAGUAUGAAGCUCUACCAAAUGUAUGUUAUAUGUGUGUGUAUGACUAUUGGAAUAAAAGUAUCCAUAACUGUU